UUCUCUUCUCCAUCCAAUCCCCCCCUCCCUCCUCUCUUCAUCCAUCUCCCUUCCUCCUCUCCCCCUCUUACUCUCUUCUCCGCCCAUUCUCCAAAACAGCAGUCUCUUUCUGCUUCAAUCAACUCAACACGUCUAAGAGAAACGUUCUUUCUUUGUCGUCGCCGUCACAGCACACGCACUAGGCGUUGAAAAGCUUUCGAGCACAAAAAAUAUUCCCAUCCAUCUCACUUCCACCCCCUCCCUUCUAACAGCUAGUAUCCAAUGAUGGCGCCUGCUGCUCAGUCCGCAUCCGCUCCCGCCAAGGGCAAGUUCGACGUUCAGUCGCUCUUCGCCGCCGACAAGGCCGCCCGCGACCAGGCUGGCUCUGACUUUGCCACCUUUGUCAAGGCCAACGGUGUCGAGUCGCUUGCCUCGGUUUCCUACGUUGACGCUGCCAAGAAGGCCCUCGGCAACAAGAAGUCGGCCGCCGCUCGUGAGGGCGCUGCCGCCUCCGUUUCUGCCCUCAUUGAGGGUGGGGCUAUGCAGUUCCUCGAGCCCUACAUCGUCAACGGCUCUGACGACGGCCUUCUCGCCACCCUCCUCGCCGGCGUCGCCGACAAGGAGAAGCCCGUCGCCGAGGCCUGCGAGGCCGCCCUCAAGUCCGUUGUUCAGAACAUGAACCCAUGGGGUACUCAGGUCAUCCUCCCCCUUAUCACCGACCGUGUCGAGAAGUCGGGCAAGUGGCAGGAGAAGAAGAUGGGCUUCAGCCUCAUCUCGACUCUCACUACCGCUGCCGCCACCCAGAUGGCCCUCGCGACCCCCAUCCUUGUUCCUGUGCUCGCCAACGGCGUCCACGACACCAAGGACAAGGUCGCCAAGGCCGCUACCAAGGCCCUCGACAAGGUCUGCAAGCUUUGUGAGAACCCCGACAUUAUCCGGUUCAUCCCGGAGCUUAAGAAGGCCCUGAUCAACCCCGUGGAGGAGGUCCCCAACGCCGUCAAGGCUCUUGGCGCCACCACUUUCGUUGCCGAGGUGACGGCCCCCACCAUCUCGCUUCUUGCUCCCCUUCUCGUUCGUGGCCUCGACGAGCGCGCGACCGCCAUCAAGCGCAAGGUCUCGCUCAUUGCCGACAACAUGUCGAAGCUUGUCGACUCGGAGUACACCGUCCGCCCCUUCCUCCCCCAGCUGCUCCCCCGCCUUAUCAAGGUUCAGGACACCAUUGGUGACCCGGAGGCCCGCGCUGUCGCUGGCCGUGCUAUCGCCACCCUCCGCCGCAUCGGCAAGGUCCCCGCCGAGUCGGACGGUACCGACCUCCCUCCCCUCCGUGUUGCCGAGGGCCCCGCUCUCGCUGCCGAGCUCGCCGGCUUCAUCAAGAAGCUCGGCGGCCCCGAGGUUGACCCCGCCCACCACGGUCUUGCCCAGGCCGGUGUCUACGCUGCUGCGAUCUGCAACGCCCACAUCUACGACCAGAAGACUUGGGAGGCUGGUGUUCCUCCCCAGGCCAAGCUUUCCGUUGGUGACUACGACGUUCUCCCGGCCGUUCGUGAGCUUCUCCAGAAGAAGGCGGACGAGGAGACGACCGACGACAUCAAGUUCGACGACGAGGAGGAGGGCGAGGACCUCUGCAACAUUGAGCAGUUCAACCUUGCCUACGGUGCCAAGAUUCUUCUCCACCACGCGUCCAUGCGCCUCAAGCGUGGCCACCGCUACGGUCUCCUCGGCCGUAACGGUUCCGGAAAGUCGACCCUCAUGAACGCCAUUGUCAACAACCAGGUUGAGGGCUUCCCCGACCCGUCGGUCGUCCGCACCUGGUAUGUCGCCCACGACAUUGACGGCUCCGAGGAGACCAUCUCCAUUAUCGACUGGGUCAAGGCCGACCCCCGCCUCUCGGCUGUCGCCACUGAGGCGGAGAUGGUCUCGACCCUCGAGUCUGUCGGGUUCGACCCUAAGCGUCAGAGCGAGGCCAUCGGUUCGCUUUCGGGCGGUUGGAAGAUGAAGCUCGCCCUUGCCCGUGCCAUCAUCUUCAAGGCCGACAUUCUCCUUCUGGACGAGCCCACCAACCACCUGGACGUCGUCAACAUCACCUGGCUCGUGGACUACCUCACGUCGCUCACGAACUGCACGUCUAUCAUGGUCUCUCACGACUCGGACUUCCUUAACCGCACUAUCACCGACACCCUUCACCUUAACAACUUCAAGCUCAAGCGCUACCCUGGCAACCUUGAGAAGUUCGUUGAGCACGUUCCUGAGGCCCGCUCCUACUUCCAGCUCGACGUGGCGGAGGACUACCAGUUCAAGCUUCCCGCCCCUCCUCUUCUUGACGGUGUCAAGACCAAGGAGAAGUCGCUCCUCAAGAUGAAGGACGUUUCGUUCCAGUACCCUGGCUCGAAGGUCCAGCAGCUCUACAACAUCAACCUGCAGGUGUCGCUCUCCUCUCGUGUCGCCGUGCUCGGCCCCAACGGUUCGGGCAAGUCCACCCUCGUCAAGCUCCUCACCGGUGAGACCGAGCCCAACCUCGGCGGCACCGUGUGGAAGCACCCCAACCUCGUUAUUGGUUACGUUGCCCAGCACGCGUUCCACCACAUUGACCACCACCUCGACAAGACUCCCCUCGAGUACAUGCUCUGGCGCUACCAGACCGGUGAGGACCUCGAGGAGCUCAACAAGGCCACUCGUGUUCUCUCCGAGGAGGAGAAGAAGAAGAUGGCUGAGGGUGCCGUCGUUGUCAAGGAGGGCGUGAAGCGCACCAUUGACGAGCUCGUUGCCCGUAAGAAGCUCAAGCAGUCUUACGAGUACGAGGUUUCGUUCAAGGGUCAGUCUUCGGCCGAGAACAUUUGGAUGUCGCGUGACGAGCUCAUCUCGCGUGGCUUCGAGAAGAAGGUUCUCGAGCUCGACACCCGUGAGGCCCAGCGCCUGGGUCUUAUGCGCCCCCUUGUCCGUCGUGAGAUCGAGAAGCACUUCGAGGACUUCGGCCUCGAGGCUGAGUUCGUCACUCACAACUCGAUGCGUGGUCUGUCUGGUGGCCAGAAGGUCAAGGUUGUCCUUGGUGCCGCCACCUGGCGCCGCCCCCACAUUAUCUGCUUGGACGAGCCCACCAACUACCUCGACCGCGAGUCGCUCGCCGCUCUCACCGCCGCCCUCAAGAACUUCGAGGGUGGUGUCCUUGUCAUUACCCACAACAAGGAGUUCUCGGAGGGUGUCUGCUCUGAGGUUUGGGCCAUGAGCAACGGUCAGCUCGUCGCGUCCGGCCACAACUGGGUCGAGGGCCAGGGCUCGGGUCCCCGCAUCGACAAGAAGGAGGGCGAGGACGAGGAGAUCGAGUACGACGCUCUCGGCAACCCUAUCGUCAAGGCCAAGAAGGUACAGAAGAUUUCGAGCGCAGAAGCUCGUCGCCUCAAGAAGCUCCGCAUGGCCAAGCGCAAGGCUGGGCUUCCCAGCGACGACGAGGAGUUCUAAGCUGUUCAACAGCUCGGCCUCUUGGCUGCGUGUAGACCUGCUUCCGAUUCC